ACAUGUCUAUGACUCAAGCAACUUUCCUUUGUCGAUACACAUACAUACAUAUUUAUAUAAAUUGCAUCUAUAUCAUCCAUUCUCCUUUCAGUUGAUAUCGUAUUUCAGGAAUUAAGGACGACUGUUCGCUUCUUCAGAACCACACUCAACGAGCUAGAACCAUGUCAGAGGUUCAAAAUCCCCCAGCAGAUGGCGUCGAUUCGCAAGCUGCAAAGGUUCUCGAUACCCAAAAAGAUAAUGAAAAAUCCCAAUGGGAUGUUGAGAAGAAUGAGUCCAAAAACUCAGAACAUCAAAAUGGUUCCGAACGGGCGAAUCAUCAAAACCCACGCGGUUCGUCUCGGGGACAGAGCAGAGUUGGACGUGGCCGUGGCUCCAAAGUGUCUCGAGGACCUAGAGGCCGUAGACAAAGAGGUUCUGCCGAUGAUGACCGAUCAUUUCCCGCUCAUAAAACGGGUGAUGAUGUGAAGGAGGUUCAGGUUAAGGAAAAGACCUCUCGCGGUCCAUCCAAGGGGAACGGCGAAUCUGCUUCAUCACAUUCGGAAAACUCUGAAGAUGACGAGGAUGAAGACGAUGAAGAUGAAGAUGAGGAGGCUGAUGACGAUGAAGAGGAGAGUCAAGAUGAUGACGAAGAGGAGGAGCAUCGCCCGAACGACAAGACCGAGGAACACGAAAAUUUGGAUGAAAAUGUUACCGUCAAGGAUAUUCAAAGCCCAGACACAAGCACCAGCAAGCACGCUGAAGCGUCGGCUAAAGGGCUCCAAAAGAAGCAACCCUACGUUCGACAAGUUGAUUUACCCAAGGAGAAACUUUCACCCGCUGACUUGGAGGCGAAAAUGGCUGCCAUGGCACUAAAGAACGCGCAAUUGAUCGAGCAGAAGAAAGCCGCCGAUCAAGACGCGGCUGAAUACCGAGAGAUUGAGCUCAAGAGCCAACGGACGUUUGAAGCUCAACGUGCUCAACAACAGGAGAUCGAUGCGGCCCGUAAAGCUGCGGCCGACAGGAAGUUGAAGAAAACUCAGGGUCGAGAAUGGGACUGGGAAAAAACGGAAGAUGAUUGGAAUCGAUCUCGUCCUUAUACCGAUUCGAUGACCAACCCUAAUCCUGGAAAGCAUUCCUGGAACAACCAAAGAGGGUCUGGGUCUAGAGGAAGACCAGCUCGAGGUCCCCAUCCUCGAGGUCGUGGUGCAGGAAGGGGUGGCAGAGGUGGUGCGAGAGGUCACGGCGGCCCGGAAAGUCAGAAAGCUGACCAGCCAUCGGCUCAUGACAAUCAGAGCGGUCCUGUACAGAUCUGAUUCCAAUAAAUUCUUCUCGUCCACACUUGCUUUUUUUGUCUGUUUGAUUUUUUAGGGUCAAUCUGCUUCCAAUGGAAAUGAUGCCACUCCAUCGACAUGAUCAUCUUUGCUUGUGAAAUUUUUUCUUACCCCAUAUUCAGCGCCUCUCUUUGCUUAUAAAAAAUCCCCUCGUUAAUCACUCUAGUGAUUUUGAAUGAACUGAAAGUUAUCUGGGAUACACGGCUACCCUUUUCUUUAUCAUGCAUUGAAGAAUCCCAACCCUCUUAUAUUGUCUCGUUUUAUCAUUGAUCUUCCUUCACCCCCUCUCACCCCCCUCCCACCCAUCCCCAAUUUCUAUGCCCUUUUGAGGUUUAAUUGGCUCUGCUCAAAUUAAAAUUCAGAAGGGCAAGAAAUUUAAGCACAAAUACAUGUUGAUUUGAGAUUAACUUCAAUGAAAGGUUAUGCAUUUGAAGCAAAUGAAUGUGGUCUGAUUUCUGUAUUGAAUUUCAAUUUAUAAUCCUACACACCCUAACCUUCAGGAAUGGUUGAUUGUGCUUUGUGGGCAUGUGCAAAACAUAUUGACACAAUAAUCACCAUGUGCAUAAAUUUCCAGGAGCUUUUUAUCUAUCCAUAUCAUCUUCUUCACCACAG